AUAAUAAUAAUAAUAAUAAUAACCAGGCUACGGUAAUGAUCAAUGUCCCACAACAUGGCGUCUUCCAGACUGCUCUCACAAACGCAGUAAUGAUGCGGCCAGUAUGUACAUUAUUUACUAUUAAAAUGUGCAUUGUUUCAAAGAGAUCCCUGUGCUCAGCGUUCCUGCCUAACUCUUUUUCUCUUUUCCUCUUCAUGCUGCCACCCUGCUGUCCUGCUGUCCUCCUUUAACAACAGGACUGCCUUAUCCUGGUGAAAGCAAAGUUAGAAAGAUGGAGUCUGUUUACAUUAAACAGGAGGAGUUUCUGGAAUUGGUACCUGUCUGCAUUAAACAGGAGAUGCCUGAACUGGAGCCUGUCCACAUGAAAGAAGAGACUGAACUAGAGCCUGUCCACAUUAAAGAAGAGACUGAACUGGAGCCUGUCCACAUUAAAGAAGAGACUGAACUGGAGCCUGUCCACAUUAAAGAAGAGACUGAACUGGAGCCUGUCCACAUUAAAGAAGAGACUGAACUGGAGCCUGUCCACAUUAAAGAAGAGACUGAACUGGAGCCUGUCCACAUUAAAGAGGAAGAGACUGAACUGGAGCCUGUCCACAUUAAAGAGGAAGAGACUGAACUGGAGCCUGUCCACAUUAAAGAGGAAGAGACUGAACUGGAGCCUGUCCACUUUAAAGAAGAGACUGAAUUGCAGCCUGUCCACAUUGAACAGUCUGUUGAUUUGUUGUGUAAGGAUUCAGAAAACAUAUCCCGGCCAAAGAUAUCACAUCAUUGUUCUGAAUGUUGGAAGAGCUUCAGUCGAUUAGGAAACCUAAAAACACACCAGCGAAUUCACACUGGAGAGGCGCUGCAUCACUGUCCUAAAUAUGGGGAGAGUUUCAGUCAGUUAGGAAACCUAAAAACACAGCAGCGAAUUCACUCUGGAGAGAAGCCGUAUCACUGUUCUGAAUGUGGGAAGAGCUUCAUUAAGUUAGGAAACCUAAAAAGACACCAGCGAACUCACACUGGAGAGAAGCCAUAUCACUGUACUGAAUGUUGGAAGAGCUUCAGUCAUUCAGGUCACCUAAAAACACACCAGCGAACUCACUCUGGAGAGAAGCCGUAUCACUGUACUGAAUGUUGGAAGAGCUUCAUUAAGUUAGGAAACCUAAAAAGACACCAGCGAACUCACACUGGAGAGAAGCCGUAUCACUGUUCUGACUGCGGGGAGAGUUUCAGUCAAUUAGGUCACCUAAAAACACACCAGCGAAUUCACACUGGAGAGAAGCCGUAUCACUGUACUGAAUGUUGGAAGAGCUUCAGUCAUUCAGGUCACCUAAAAACACACCAGCGAACUCACACUGGAGAGAAGCCGUAUCACUGUGUUGAAUGUGGGGACAGCUUCAGUCGGUUAGAAAACCUAAAAAGACACCAACGAAUUCAUACUGGAGAGAAGCCAUAUCACUGUACUGAAUGUGGAAAGAACUUUAGUUGCUUAAAAAGCCUACAACUACACCAACGAAUUCACACUGGAGAGAAGCCAUAUUACUGUAAUGAAUGUGGGAAAAGCUUCACUGAAUCAGGACAACUAAAAACACACCAACGAAUUCACACUGGAGAGAAGCCGUAUCACUGUACUGAAUGUGGGGAGAGCUUCACUGAAUCAGGAACCCUAAAAACACACCAACGAAUUCACACUGGAGAGAAGCCAUAUCGCUGUACCGAAUGUGGGAAGAGCUUCAGACAGUCAAGCACCCUAAAACGACACCUGCAAAUUCACACUGAAGCCAGCCUCCCUCCCUCCCAGUCCCUCACCUCUCCACCCUACAUGUUUGAGUGUGUGGAGAGCUGACUAAUUCAUUCUCUCUCUCUCUCAUCCUGCAGUAAAUGAAGGGGGUCCCCAGGAGUGAGAGCUAGCUUGAAUCCACAGACACAGAGAAGGGGAUCGUGUCAAACUGAAGCAGACAGAUCCAUUCUUUCAGAGUGAACUGUAGAGCCCUGGGAUUCAGCUCCACUCCUGCCCCUGAAUUGGAAAUGAAUCUCACUCAUCAUGCUGUGAGGAUUUAUGACAGUUUCAGGGUCAUUCUACUUAGAAGGGAGACAUUGGAAAUAUAUGCCAAGCUUUUUCUCUGAACACUAUAUAUGUUUGAUGCAACACAUUAAGCUGCCAGUAGCAUAUAUAAAGCUCUAUAUAUCAUUAAUUUUUUUUUUGUAUCUUGACUUUUCGUAGUUUUUUUGUGACUUUGUAGACCUAGCCGUGAUGUAUUAAAGUAAUUUUCAUUCCUGUAA